CGCCGCAAGCGUGCGCUAUUUGGCUCGUGAUUUCUCCUUAAAAUGUUGUGAAUACUAGCAACAACUAGCAAGAUACAAGUGAAUGAAUGUUCAGAAUUUAUUAUUAAAUUGAAAUUUGCAUCAUACAAAUAGAUUGAUUGUCAAGAAAUAAGCUGAAUAAUUCUAUAGUUAGUCUUAAAGGUUGUCAACAUGACUGACUAUGCUGCCAAACUGCUCAAUGAGCUGAUGGGAAGGAGUCGAAACCUGAUGCCAAAUGAACAGGAAAAGAAGCUAACAUGGGACUCACCAGAGAUGUGCCAUAUGUUCCUGGCAAAGCUGUGUCCACAUGAUCUCUUCACGAACACCAAGGCCGACCUUGGCUCGUGCGGAGGGCUCCACGAUGAUGACGUCAAAGCAGAGUUUGACAAACUGCCGGCGUUCAAACGACAGCCCUACGAGGACGAGUUCAACCGUUUUGCCCAGUCAAUGCUGAAUGAAGUGGAGAAGAAGAUCCAGAAGCAGCGCCAGCGCCUGGAGCUGCAGCCCAACGACCGCAAACUGGCCUCACUGGUACCACCGCAGUUCAGCCGACACGAGGAGAAGAUCCAGAUGCUGACCACGAAAAUCAACAAACUCGUGGAGGAGGCUGAGGAACUCGGAUGCAAGGGCCAGGUGGAGGAGGCCCAGGGCAUUAUGAAGCUGUGCGACAAGCUCAAGGACGAGCGCGAUCAGCUGCGUCGCGCCAAUGAGGGCUCGGUGUGGCACCAGGCGGCCGAAAUGGCCGCCUCACAGGAGAAGCAGAUGCAGGUGUGUGACAUCUGCGGCUCGUUCCUGAUCGUCGGCGACGCCCAGCAGCGUAUCGACGACCACCUCACCGGCAAAAUGCACAUGGGAUACGCCAAACUGCGAGACGCCGUCGACGAACUGCGCGAUUUUCGGCUGAGAGAGAAGCAAGAGCGCGAGGCCAAACGAGAAAAGGAGCGGGAAGAACGACGGAAACAGGAAGAGGAGGAGAAGAAAAGGCUGGAGCGAGAGAAGAGUCGCGGAAAAAGUCGCGACAAGGACCGAGACCGAGAGCGUAGCCGCGGCAAAGAUCGCGACAGAGACCGUGAUCGCGAUCGUGAUCGCACAAGAGAUCGAAGUCGGGACCGGGACCGUGCGCGAAGUCGCGGCAGUGACAGAGACCGAGACCGCGACCGCGAUCGUGAUCGCGAUAGAAGUCACAGGAGCCGCGAUCGGGACCGGGACCGGCGAGACCGCAGUAGAGACCGCAGUAGAGACCGCCGGCGGGACAGAAGCAGGGACCGCGAUCGCGAUAGAAAAAGUCGUGACCGGGAUCGUGAUGGGAAAAGUCGCGACAGGGAUCGCGAUGGAAAAAGUCGCGAUCGGGAUAGAAGAAGUCGCGACAGGGAUCGUGAUGGAAAGAGUCGCGAUCGCGACAGAAAAAGUCGCGAUCGCGACAGAAAAAGUCGCGAUCGCGACAGAAAAAGUCGCGACCGGGAUCGUGAUGGGAAAAGUCGCGACCGGGAUCGCGACAGGGACAAGGAUCGUCGCAGCAAGCACAGGAGCCGCAGCCGGAGCCGGGAGCGGCGCCGGAGCCGCAGCAAGAGCCGGGAGCGGCGCAGGAGCCGCGAGAGGAGCCACCGAUCGUCGCGGCGCUCCAGUCGCGAGCGAAGCCGAAGUCCCAGACGUUCUAAGGAGAGACGGGACUCGAAGGACAGACGGGACUCCAAGGACAGGCGUGACUCCAAAGACAGGCGUGACUCGAAGGAGAGGCGUGACUCCAAGGAAAGGCGUGACUCCAAGGAGAAGCGGAGAUCCCGGGACCGAGACGGAUCUCGAGAGCGGCGAGCAUCGGGAGACAAGCGCUCUUCGCAGGAGCCGGACUCGAAGCGAAGGCGAGAGGCGGACAGCAAGGACGAGCCCAUGGAUCAGAACGGCGAGUCGCACAAAUCCGAUGGAGCCCAGAGCCCCACCGCCGCGAGUGAUCCCGCCGCCGGAGCCGGAGCCGGAGCCGCCGCCGCCGCCGCCGCUCCGCCCGUCUCCGCCAGCCCAGGUGACGAGUGACGAGCCGAGGACAGCGGUGGGGCGGCGCGGCGGAGCCUCUCCAGGUAAGCUGAGAGACGUCUACCGGCAGGCGGCCAAGCUCAAGUUCUCCUGUUGGCCGCGGCGCGGCGCUGCGGGCGCCCAGGAGAGCUCCAUCAUCUCACCGGUUGGUGGGAACAUUUGGGGACACCACGUGCUUGGGCGGUCGUAUCUGUGUAGUCAUUGUGGCACGUCCGUGUCGGGGCCUUCGUUUGCAGGCGGUUUCAUUAUUUGAAUUCCCACAACGAGGAAUCCACGGAUGAAUUGGGAUAAUUCCGUCAUGUUAGUAGAUUGUGUGAACAGAUGUGAUCGUGUGUUAGCCGUCAUCACCAUGUUUCCUCAUCUUUGGCGCUCUUUUUGCCAGUUGUUCGAUGUUAACGUUAAGUUGAAUCGUAUAUUCAGUCAUAGGUUCAAAAAAUACACGGGUUUAAAUACA